UCCAUAGCUCAAAAUCAACAGCACAGUUCAGCUCUAGACGACUUAUCGUUUCGAGAGCCAACAUGACCUCUGCUUUGGAUAUCAGCCCCAACAUCAGUGAUGUCCUCGGCGACGUUACCAUUUUCACUGCUGCUGGAGACGCCGUCCAGUUCAAGGACCUCUGGGACCAGAACGAGGGGGUGGCUGUUGUUGCACUAUUGAGGCACUUUGGAUGCCCUUGCAGUUGGGAACUUGCUUCAACUCUAAAAGAAUCCAAAGCAAAAUUUGACUCAGCUGGAGUGAAACUAAUUGCUGUUGGUGUUGGUACCCCUGAUAGAGCUCGUGUCCUUGCAAAACGGUUACCUUUUCCCAUGGACUCCCUUUAUGCUGAUCCUGAUCGUAAGGCGUAUGAUACUUUGGGUUUAUACUAUGGAUGGGGUCGAACAUUCUUCAAUCCAGCCAUUAUCGCAAAGAUGUUGUCAAGAUUUGGUGCUCUGCGGAAAGCUGUAGAAAACUAUACGAUUAGAGCCACUCCAGAUGAUAGAAGUGGUGUGUUGCAACAGGGAGGGAUGUUUGUCUUCAAAGGGAAGCAGUUAUUGUAUGCUCGGAAAGACAAAGCGACAAGUGAUCAUGCCCCAUUAGAUGAUAUCUUGAAUGUUUGCUGCAACGUUCCAGUCUCUUGAAACUGUACCAUCUAUAGAUUUUUCAGUUAUUGGUAUUCAAGCUUCAAUUUACAUGUCAUGUAUCAGUAAUAAGAAAAAUCAUAUAUUCAUCUAUGAAAUAGUUAAAACUUUACGGUAUGUAUGUUUACCAACUACUUUCCUAAAGUUUCUUACCCUUUUCUGUUUGGAUUCCUAAUAUUGCUCUUGU